UCUGCCCUGGGCCCCACAUUUUGGGGUGGGCUGCGGUGCCCGGUGCAGUACUGGAGGCCGGCAGGCCGAGCCUCCACCAAACUACUUCCAUCGCCGUUCCCUGGCUUUCUGUGUCAGCAGGCCGCGGAGGCCGCAAGCGACGAGCUCUCCAGGGCGGAGGGAAGGUGGCUGCGUCUGUCAGCCAGGCCCAGGCCGCCGGCAGCCGGCCUCGCCGCGCCCGGUGUCGGGGAGCGGCGGCGGCGGGAGGAAAGGGCCCGGCGGGGCCCGGCCAGGCCCGCGUCGCCAUGGCGACGGCGCUGGGCUGCUGCCAUGGCGGAGAAGGAGGGGAGCAGCGAGGAUGUCGCAGUAGCUGAAAUUGAGAAAAAGAUUAUGGAAGCUUUUGAGGUGUUUGACCAUGAACGCAAUAAAACUGUGGAUGUCAGAGAGAUUGGUUCAAUUGUCAGGUCACUGGGUUGCUUCCCAACUGAGGCAGAACUACAUGAACUGCUUGCAAAGGUAGAAGAAGAAGAACCGACCGGAUACGUUCAUCUGGAAAAAUUUCUUCCAGUGAUGACAAAAGUACUACUUGACAGAAGCUACCAGCCUAUUCCAGAAGAUGUUCUUCUACAUGCAUUUGAGGUUUUGGAUGAGAAUAAAUGUGGGUAUAUUACUAAAGAGGACGUGAUCAAAUAUUUGACUGAAGAAGGUGAGCCCUUUACUCAGGAAGAAAUGGAGGACAUGCUCUCCACUGCUCUGGAUCCAGAAACAAACACUGUUCGCUACAGAGACUACAUUUCAAUGAUGAUAGUAGAUGAAAGUUAAGAUCUUCCCUUUCAGUGUUCAAGAUGCCUUAUGGUAACAGCAGUGUAGCUUUGCGGUUAGUUGAAAUACGUAUUUUAAAGUAUAACAAAGCUCAGCUUGUGACCUUGUGCUUGUAAUUAAAAUAAAAACUGUGUAGCUAUAUUUCUUUGAGUUCUGUAUACAUAUUGAAAUAUAGUCACACCUGGAAAAAGAGCUCUUGACAGAAAUACUGUGUAAGGUCUGGAAAAGAAAUCAUGGAAUUUAGUUUGAAAAAUACAGGAAAACUAAUGUUAAUGGAGUCAAGAAAUGACUUUACAAUUGCUUCUGAAAAACUAAUAGAAAACGAGACCUGUGAAAAUGAGUAAUAAGUAGGUAAGUGACUACCUUAAGAUGACUAAAAUUGCGAAGGCAUGCUACUAAGAUAAAGCUUUUUUAUUUAAAUGUAAUCCCUGUUUGUAUUUAACUAAUAAGGCAUCAGAUAGGUUACUACUUUUGA